CCAGUCACUAGGGAGGACUAUGCAGAACUUGUCAUAGGAUUACAGCGAGUUAUAGAGCUUUCAUCAAAUCCAUAGAGAUGGGAAACCAAGCAGCUAAAUUCGAACCAACAACCUCCGCGAAUUUAUCCCCGGGGUUUCCAUAGAAUCCAGAAACGGCUGGCGGGCUUCUUUCGCCUCUGGUGAAGAUUAGCUGCGCUAUCAACUAAUGUCUUCCCGUAAACCAAUCUGUCACGCAUGCAGAAGACGACAGCGAGGUUGCAUAUGGCCAACAAAGGCUGCAACAGUAUGUGUUCGCUGCACGAAGCUCAACCUGAAAUGCAUUCCGUCAGAAGAAAUCUACGAUAGUGACAACGACGAUGACAUCCUACCGAAAGAGUUUGCUGUAAAGGCAAUAAAAUACUGGAGCCAUCAGAUCGAUCAGUUGGAAACCGACAUGCAGAGAUUAGAACACACCACCCAAAAUCUUUCAAAGCUUACUAGUAGUGGUGGUAGCUACGACGAUCACACUCAUCACCGUAACGACGACGGCAACGACAUCAGCGACGACGUGAAGAAGGCUAGUGCCGACAACAACAAUUUAGCAACAAAGGCAACCAUGGAGAAUUACAAAGGCUUAGUUUCAAGGCAACCACCGAAGCAGUUCGAAUGGAAGCUGAGCAUCAGAGACGGACUACUCAAGCUACAUUCCAAAGUCGACACCAUCGAAGAGCUUUUACAAUACAGUCACGCCUUUCUCGAAUAUCUCGCGCCGUUUGAAGGGGUAUUUCAAAAGUCGAUAAUCAAUCUCGACAGCAUGUCGUAUAACAUACUUAUACGUACGUUUCGUAUAAUUUUUCGGUUGAACGAAACAAAAGGACGGUCUCCAUCAUCAUCAUUAUCGUCGCACCUUUCACUCAGGCGCGUACAACAACAGACAAUACCGCAACUACAAUCAUACUUACAUAGGCACUAUCAAUUCAUCAUUGACCACCUUAUCAACACAUACUGCGAACGCGAAAACUCACGACGAAUUUUCCUACAUAUACCCGCUUUUCGCGAACAUUAUCGUAAACUAAAAGACCCACUUACUUGUCCGAUUACGCUGGCCGUAUGCAUUCAUACCCUUUGCACCUCGAAACGAAUUAUCACUCAUUCUGCUACGGAACUACGCGAACUAGCCGAUUACCUUUAUGCGAAAUGCAAAAAGAUCCUUUACGAUAUGUUUGAUGAUCCAGCACGUAAAAUAGAGACGAUCGUUGUCAUAAACUUUCUACAACAUUUUAUGAUAUUUGUACUUUUACGAUUCAAUGAAGCGCGACGAUGGAGCACUGUUGCAUACAGUCUCUGCAAAGACCUCGAGAGUGACCUUCAUCAGAAAACACAACGACAACAACACAAUGCCUGUCUACCAUUAGACAUGCAAAAGAUUCUGCUACAGCGCCAUUUUUUCUAUAUUGAAAACAUGCUUCAGCUGCUAUCUUUUAUGCUUGAUACGAAAAUGUUUGGUCAAGGUCUUGUCAAACUGGAUAUGAAGGUCGCCUAUUUGGAAGUUAUGCCUGGAGAGGACACGACUACUAGUGUGUUGAUUGAAGCACACAAUCGCUUACUGCAGCUCUCUACGAGUCCUUAUAUGGCAGCCAUUACAACCCAGAUGAAAAAUAUUGCUGAUUCGACAAGCAACCCUGAGCGUUUUAUCGAUAUUCUUGUUCGGCUGGAUACUACUAUUCGAGACUGGUGGAGCGAACUCCCUGCAUGCUUGCGGCUAUGUGACGAUUUAUAUGCAGAGGAUGCAGAGGCUGCAAUUGAACAGAACAAUUCAGUAGCCAAGGCAAUCGUAUUUUCAUUCGUCCAUUCAAUCCUAUUCCGGAUAUACGCAUUUGUACUGGAUCUGGAUAUCGAGGCAGCAUCUAAUGAUGAUGAUAACAGCAUAGUUGGGGACGGCGGAAAUACUUGUCAGGAUGAAAAGAAGCUGUUAUUUAAUCGGGCGAAAUCUAGUGCUACAGUACGAUCUUGUGAAUUGGUGCUUCGUACAGUGACGCGGAUGUUUACUUUGCAUGAAGACGUAUUACCAUUCAUGUUUGAAUUCAUCUCAAGAGCAAUAUAUACAUUGCUCAGUGUAUCGUUUUGCUCAAAAAAACAUCUCUCGUCGGAUCUACGCGAGAAGUUCUUCGAAUGUUUCGACGUCAUCUGCAAUGCGUUUCCCCCGGACAAUAUAGUCCCGCCAUCGAUAUCGCCACUUCACUUGUAUAUAAAGACGUAUCAGAUGGAUGACACCGAUAUUUACCAAAAGUACCCUCUCCCUGGAUAUGCUCUGCUUGCGGAUCUGGUCAACACGAGUUGUGCAUACCUCAAAUCUGAUUACUUUCAAUCAUUCCAAGAGCCAUUAAAUACCUAUUUAAAGGCAUAUACAUGUUCUGCCUUGUAUGGAAAUUUCUGCUUUAUGGAAUGAAUAAACCGUCAUU